ACUGCCUUACCAAAAGAAAUUUCAAAUCAAAGUGAAAUUUAAUAAAUAAACCGUGCAUGUUCCCAUUAUUUUAAUAAUACAUCAAACAUAUCCUGAUUCUGUUAUUAAACGGCAUAAAAUAAUUAUUCUGGAGGAUAGGAAGCUUGUAAUUCCCUGCUACUGAAAGCUUUUAUAUUGGACAAAGAUGCGACCACCACGAAAACCUGGAUCAAAUUCUGCGCUUAAAAAAUCUGCACAUCAGCGCAGGCAUCCAGCUGCUGAUUUGGGCGAAACGGACACUAGUAGCUCAGCAGAAGAUGGGCUAGCAACAGAUGAUCAAGGCUUCCGCUCACCAGCACCUGAUACCGAUGGUACUGACUAUGGUUUGGAGUUUACGAAUACCGGAAGCCGAUAUGUACAUAAUUCGUCAAAAGAACAUCGUUCAGUUGCUCCAACUACAAAUAUGGACAAGCAAAAUGAAAGCUGUGUUAAUAAAGAUAGUUCAGCAACUCUGGCUAGCCAAAACAGGUCUUCAGCUAAACAAGUCGGCGCCACAGCGGUCAAACCAUUGGAGAAGGCGCAAAGGCCAUUAGAGCAGGGUACGCUGGAACAUGUACAAACAACGACUGCAUCAACGAAAGCAGCAACACCGCACAAACGUAAAACCCAACGUAAAGGGAAAUUUUUACACGCACAAUUAAUUGCACGGACGGAUUUAAUGAUACCACGCGCAGCCUUUGGUCGUCUUGUGCGAGAAAUACUGUUGAGCAAUGAUACGGAUGUAAGAUCUAUAACAUUAAAGGCUUUAGAGGCCCUGCACGUAGCCACUGAGGCCUACGUUGAAGGACGUUUUGAGGAUGCAAAUCUCUUGGCAUUGCAUGCACGUAGAGUUACCGUAAUGGCAAAAGAUAUGGAGCUUAUAAACUUUUUACGAAAUAAAUCAUAGAUUACCCAAGACACCAUGCGCCAGGCGGGUCUCACAUCUUAAUUAUUAGGAUAUUACAAUUUAUUGUUUUUACCAUGUAGACAUAUUUACUUGUUCUAAGACAUUUAUCAAUUUUAUUUGUAUUAAUUUUAUAAGUAUAAUGUUUACAAUGCUUGUUUUCAUGUUGAUAUGCAUAUGUAUUAAAAAGUUUUUAUAUAGUGAUUUUACUUUAAUUUAAAAUGUGAGAGCUACGAACGCUUGACGUAGGGAGAGUUGCACAAAUUUUCGUAGAUCGUGAUGCUCCUUCAUAAAAAGUAACAAUGCCCCUUUAAUUGCAGUUCGAAUA